AAUCAUAUAUCUUUUUGAACAUUCGUGUUUAUUCUUCAACCGGGUUAAAGAUCAUGAUAUCAUACAGAUGCAAUAUCUAAAUAAGAGGUUCUCCUAACUUAACAUAAACAGAAAUUAGUACAAUUAGUUUUUAGAUUUUUGAAAUAUAAAGGAAAUAUAAAGAAUUGUAAUAUGUCAAUAGAUAAAUUUUUUGGAGCCAAAGUUAAACGAAAAUGCUUGUUAAAAAGCUUAAGUGAAAAUCACAAUAGUAUUGUGCUUACAGAAGGGAAAAAUAUUAUUGGCCGUUCACGAGAAACGCAAAUUGCAGAUGCAUUCUGCUCUAAGAACCAAUUAAAUUUGGACGUUGACUUAGAUGAAUGUUGUGUAAAUAUUUUUGUUAACGGAGCAAACGCUAGUGGUUUGAAUGGGUUUAUGAUAGAAAAUGGUAAAAAUGUUAAGGCUGUGCAUGGAGAUAUUAUUGAAGUUUUAUACGGAAAAUAUAAUUAUAAAAUAGACUUUGAACCUCCUCCUGACACAAGUAAAAGCAAAGAUUCGUCAAUAAAGGAUACAUUAAAUUCCGAAGCAAUCAGUAACUUUUGGGAAUGUAUUGAUAAUAACGACUUGGUUGUAUACACGAGCUCGUAUUCCGUACCAUCAGAAAAAGUAGCUGGAUACGAUCUAGAUUGGACUAUUGUUAAAACCAAAUCUGGAAAUGUUUUUCCAAAGGAUACAAAUGAUUGGGAAAUUAUGUUGCCAGAAAUCCCAAAGAAGUUAAAACUUUUGGUACAAGAUGGAUUUAAAAUUUGCAUUUUCACAAAUCAAUCGGGUAUAGGCAAAGGAAAUUUUCCGUUAGAGGAUUUUAAAAAGAAAAUAGAGGCUGUACAGAACAGAUUGAACAUUCCUCUUCAAGUGUUUAUUGCGACUGGAAGAGGAAUUUUUAGGAAACCAUUACCAGGAAUGUGGAACUACUUACAAGAUCAUAAAAAUGGUGGUGUUGAAAUUUCUAAAGAAAGAAGUUUUUAUGUUGGCGAUGCGGCUGGCCGUCCUGAAACAAAAUUACCAGUAAAACGAAAAAGAGAUCAUUCCUGCGUUGACAGAUUAUUCGCUUUUAACAUUGGAGUUUCUUUCUUUACGCCAGAAGAGCAUUUUCAGGGAAAGAAAAAGUUCGAAUGGGUUGCACCCGAAUAUAAUCCAAAAACUAAAAUAGAUUCCUCAAAUCUUUAUGAGCCAAAGACAACUCAGGUUCCUUCUGAAAAUUGUGAAAUCAUAAUUAUGGUAGGGCUUCCUGGUUCUGGUAAAAGCACAUUUUCAAAUGAAUAUUUAGAACCAGCCGGUUAUAAGAUAAUUAAUGCAGAUAUUUUGGGAAAUGUACAAAAAUGCCUAUAUGAAUGUGAAGAAAGUAUUAAGUUAAAAAAAAGUUGUGCUAUUGAUAACACCAAUAUUGACCUAGAAUCAAGAAAAAAAUUUAUAAAUUUAGCCAGAAAAUACGAUGUUGAUUGCAGAUGCUUUAUAAUGAACACAAGUUUUGCACACAUAAAACAUAAUUUGGUGUUUAGAGUAUUAACCGACAAAGAUCACUCAAAAAUUAAUGAAAUGAUACUUAAUGCGAUGAAAAAGAAAUUUGUCGAACCCUCCCUUACAGAAGGCUUUAAAGAAAUUGUGAAAGUUAAUAUAGUCGAUGGAAUCAUAAAGGAUCCUGAGCAACAAAAUUUAUAUAAUAUGUAUCUUACCGAGAAAUAA